AUGUUAAAAAGUAAUCCAAUUGAAACAUUAAAUUAUCUUUUACCACAAACAUAUGAAUGUAUUGAAAAAAUUCUUAGUCAAUCAAAUAUGAUCAUUUUAAAUGAUCAUAAAGGUGAUUCAGAAUUAACAUGGCAUUUGAUAAUGUUCUCUGAACUUGUUUGUGCUCGUGGUGAUACUUUAAUCAUAUAUAAAUCAAUGAUUUUAUCAAUUUUUCAUCAAUGUAUUCAUAUUAUUCAUAAAGAUUCAUAUGAAUCUAUAGGAAAAGCUGCUCAAAAUUUACUUAAAUCAUUAACAUAUACAUGGGGUCAAUAUGUUGAAUAUGAUAAAAUUAAUGUUCAAUUUCAUGUUCCAAAUGAAGAAGAAGUCGAUUUUGCUUGUGAAUUUGUUGAAACAUUUAUGUAUCUUGAAUUACAAAUAUUAAAUGAAAAAUGUACAGAUAUAUCCAAUGAUGAACGAUUACGAUUACUUACUCUUAUUCAUCAUAUAGCUAUUGGUUGUUUACGUAUGGUUUCGCGUAUUGAAAGUAAAGAAGUGAAAAAUUUUGUAUCAUCGGUUUCUUCGCAUAGUUCGAAAGUUCAAGCUCAAUAUUCUCUUUAUGCUAAAGAACCAAAAUUUAAAGAAAAUCUUCGAAUGCGUCUUCUGAUCGAUAUUGGAAAUUUCAUUGAUCAUCUUAUUGCGUAUCAUUCCGAUGAUGCUUCAUCGAUUAAAAUAGCUCUUAAAAUUUAUUCUCUUUCAUCAAUGUACUACGGUAUAUUUGAACAAAACAUAAAUAAAUUAUUCAGUGAUUUAAAUACUAUUAAACAUUUAUAUAAAAAUAAAUUAUACGAUACACAACAAUAUCCUCGAUUUUUAUUCUCAUUGAUUAAUUUUCGAACAUUGACUGAAAUUGAUCAACAAGUUAUACGUAAACUAUUUGAAUUAUCUAUUCAUCGAUACAGUGAGGUUCGUCGUCAAGCACAAAGUUAUUUAUUUACAAUGCUCUCGCGUUUUUAUUUAUUAUAUCGAAUAAUUCUUGAUCGUAUUAUUGAAUUAUUGACUAAAUCUGAUGAAGUUGAUCAUGAUGAAAUUAAAGGUUGUUUAUAUAUAUUUCUUGGAAAUGAAACAAUUUUUCUACCGACUAAACAUUCAUGGACAGUACUCGAAAAACUAUGGCCUGCAAUUUCAUGUACAAAACAUGCAAUAAAACUUAGUACACAAAAUUUAAUUAAUUGUAUUAUGGAAAAAAUUUAUAAACGUUUUAAUACUGUUGCAAUUAUUGAAAAUACAAACGAAAUUUCAAAACAAGCUGCUAUUAGUUUAUGGCGUUCAUUAGAAAAACAUGAAUUUGAAUUAUAUAAUCGAAUAUAUGAAGAAAGAAUUGAAGGAAAUAUUCGUUCAUAUAAUAAUCUAAUGGAAAAAUUAAUUUCAUUAUUGUAUAAUAAUGUAUUAACUGAUCGACAACAAAUCCUAAUAAUGGCAUUUAUUCCAUUUCUUUUACAAAGACAAAUUCAAAUUCCAUUAUCAUGUAUUCGAAUUCUUGUAGAUUUUCUUAUUCAUGAAAAUCUUGAUAUACGAAAGAUAGCCGAACAAUGUAUAUCGACAUUAUGUCGUAUACAAAAACCACCGAGGAUUUAUCUUGAAAAAUCACUUCAUGAUAUAUUUUAUCAAAUAAAGAAAUCAUGUCCUGAUGAAGCAUUUUCUUGUCCAGGUGAUCGUGAUGAUAAUUUAUGGAUUACACUAAAUAAUUAUCAACCACCUAAAACUCAAAUUGAAUGGGAACAAACAUGUUUUUUAGAUAAAUCUUUUCAUCGAUAUUAUAAAUGGCCAAAAGUAAUCAAAUAUCCAAUGAAUAAACGUGAACGUUAUACAAAAAACACAAUGCCUGAAGAUGUUGCAAUUUUAUAUAAUCGAUUUAUGGAUAAAAUUUUUAUUACUCAACUUAUACAAUAUAUGGUAAUUACAGAUGAAAGCAAUGAAUUGAAUUUUAAUAUACAUCGAUUUCGAAUGUUUAAAGGUCUUUUUCGAAAUUUUGGUUUCGAUUUAAUGAAUCAUUUUAUGGAACAAUUAGAUAUUUUGAUUCAUGAAAACAUAACAGAAAAACAAGAAGGUUGUCAUCGAGUAGCAGCUGAAAUUGUUGCUGGAAUGAUUCGAGGUUCAAAAUAUUGGACAUUAGAAAUGCUUGAAAAAUUAUGGCAAAAAUUAAUUCCAUUUCUUAAUGAAGUCUGUACAAAUCUUACUUCUGAAACUUUAUCAUGUUGGGGUUCAUGUUUUAAAUUUAGCAUGGAAGAUUUAGAUCCUCGUCGAAUGUAUCGUCUUAUUGAAUUUAUUCGUACUUUAAUAAAUAAUCAAACAACAGAAAAUACACUUCUUGAAACAUCACGUUGGUUUUUAGUUUUAAAAUUAACUAAUUUUGAAUGGCGUAUACCAGCUAUAUGGUGUGAAAUCAAUGAACAUGCGAAAGAAAUGCUUGAUCAUCCAUAUAAAGCUGUUCGAGAAGGGGAAAUAUACCGUCGCCAAUCUUCCUUUUCGCCAAUUGUAUUUUUCGCCAACUGGUGA